AUGUCCCUCACAAACUACGACCUGCCUACGAUUCGAUCGACGGAAACUAGGGGCCCUUUGUAUCCAUGUAUGUCGGUCAAAGUUACAGGGAGUAUAUGUGACAAUCUAACUGAAAAAUAUCAGGACCUCACGGGUUCUACGAUCCCGGCGGCUUCGGCCCAAGAAGCCUUGAAACUCCUGGAGAUAUAUGAGCACUCAUACAAGCGGCAUGCGGGAAGUGUGGAGCUGGCACAGAAGCGUCUGAACGACCCCACUGAUUCAUCUCGUUGGGACGCUAGUAGUCACGGCGUAGCAAUCUGUGAGGUCUGUGGCCUCCAUUGCACAAUGUCUACAUCCACACGAACUCGAGACUAUAGACUUCGGCGUCGGGCGAUCUGA